ACUUGGGGCUUUGGCAGAAGUUGAGACUUUCCUCGGGGGCUUCCUGGAGGGCGAGCUGGGCCUUUCUACACGCGGAGGGAGAUUUCUCCACUGUUGAAUGUAAAGAUCUCCAUGGUAACUCAAACCCCCAGCCUCUUUGGAGCCUGCAAGAAGCAGUUUUCAACAGCUCAAAGGUCUUACGGCCAGAGCGUGGAUCACACUUCUUGCAAGCCUCAUUGUAUUGAGGUGGGGCUAAGAUGAGCAUAACCAGCGAUGAAGUGAAUUUCUUGGUUUAUCGUUACCUCCAGGAGUCAGGUUUCUCCCAUUCCGCCUUUACAUUUGGAAUAGAGAGUCAUAUUAGCCAAUCCAACAUCAAUGGAACACUAGUGCCACCUGCUGCCCUUAUCUCUAUACUUCAGAAAGGCCUACAAUAUGUUGAAGCAGAGAUAAGCAUCAAUGAGGAUGGUACAGUGUUUGAUGGCAGACCUAUAGAGUCAUUAUCUUUGAUAGAUGCAGUAAUGCCUGAUGUAGUGCAAACUCGGCAGCAGGCUUUCAGGGAGAAAUUAGCACAGCAGCAAGCUAGUGCAGCAGCAGCUGUAGCUACAACAGCAACAGCAGACACAACUACUACAACAGUCACAACAACAACUAUUGCUGUCCCACAGCAAAAUACACCAAAGACUGGAGAAGCCACUGUGAAUGGAGAGGAGAAUGGGGCGCAUGCAAUAAAUAAUCACUCAAAAUCAAUGGAAAUCGAUGGGGAUGUUGAAAUUCCUUCUAAUAAAGCAACAGUUCUUCGGGGUCAUGAAUCAGAGGUGUUCAUCUGUGCCUGGAAUCCUGUCAGUGAUCUACUAGCAUCAGGAUCUGGUGAUUCCACUGCCAGAAUAUGGAAUCUUAAUGAAGGCAACAAUGGUAGUUCCACGCAACUAGUUUUGAGGCACUGUAUAAGAGAAGGAGGGCAUGAUGUUCCCAGCAAUAAAGAUGUAACAUCACUAGACUGGAAUAGUGAUGGAACACUCCUGGCUACUGGAUCAUAUGAUGGAUUUGCAAGAAUAUGGACGGAAGAUGGAAAUCUUGCAAGCACCUUAGGGCAACAUAAAGGGCCCAUCUUUGCUCUGAAGUGGAAUAAAAAGGGAAAUUACAUUUUAAGUGCUGGCGUUGAUAAGACAACAAUAAUUUGGGAUGCUCAUACAGGUGAAGCUAAACAACAGUUUCCUUUCCACUCAGCCCCAGCCCUGGAUGUAGAUUGGCAGAACAAUACUACCUUUGCAUCGUGUAGCACUGAUAUGUGCAUACAUGUAUGCAGACUUGGCUGUGAUCGUCCAGUCAAAACCUUUCAAGGCCACACGAAUGAGGUCAAUGCAAUUAAAUGGGAUCCUUCUGGUAUGCUUCUAGCAUCCUGCUCAGAUGAUAUGACGUUAAAGAUUUGGAGUAUGAAGCAAGACACUUGUGUACAUGACCUUCAAGCACAUAACAAAGAGAUUUAUACUAUCAAAUGGAGUCCAACAGGGCCAGGUACCAGCAACCCAAACUGCAACAUUAUGUUGGCAAGUGCUUCAUUUGAUUCUACUGUUCGGUUGUGGGAUGUAGAAAGAGGUAUCUGCACUCACACGUUAACAAAACAUCAAGAACCUGUCUACAGUGUAGCUUUUAGUCCUGAUGGAAAAUAUUUAGCAAGUGGAUCUUUCGACAAAUGUGUUCAUAUAUGGAACACCCAGAAGAGUGGGACUCUAGUACAUAGCUACAGAGGCACCGGUGGAAUAUUUGAAGUCUGCUGGAAUGCUAGAGGAGACAAAGUCGGAGCCAGUGCUUCAGAUGGAUCGGUGUGUGUUCUAGACCUGCGAAAAUAAAUAUUUUAGAAGAAACUGCAAAUGGACCAGCAUUGAAUGUGGAGGUGGAAGCACUCUUCAAACAUACUUUUAACAUCUCUGGAAUGGCAAAAACUGGGGGAAAUAAACAGAAGCAGAACUAAACAAAUAAUGCAUUUCUCCCAGGCAAAAGGAGCUUGCAAUGUUUUGUCCACCAGCCUUCACCAAGGUUUUAAAACAGAAUCACUUAGGGAGGGGGGAUUUUUCCACUAUGAACUUUCAGCCUUUGGAGGCAGCAAGAAGAUGACCAUCAACAGCUAAACCUGCUGUUUGCUGGGGUCAGAUCUCUGAGACCUCAUUUUGACAGCUGCUAAAAAGAAGACAAAAAGCUGUGCCAAAAACAAUAACAAUUAAAAGGAAAACAAAAUCUACGAAGCAAAAUGCUUUGAUAAACCAAAAUGGGAAAAAGUUCUCCUCCAUGUGGUAUUGCAUUGUUUUUCUUUCUAGUUUGGACACUAUAAUUGCUCUCCCAAAGGACAUUCAAAAACCAGUUUGUAUUGAUGAUACACUCAAAUUUGUAAUCCCAACACUUUGUAUUUUCUAGACUACUGUUAUUUGUUCAGUGAUUUUUUUCUUAUCAGCUGGAAUGUUACAGCCUUGACAAUAACAGGCAUAGGUUCAAACUGAAUGUUUUCUUUCUUUCUUUCUUUCUUUCUUUCUUUCUCUUUCUUUCUUUCUUUCUUUCUCUCUCCCUUUUUUUCUUUCUAUCUUCUCUUCACCAACUUUUUGCUCUGUUCUUUCCAUUUGUGCCUAGUUAAUGCAAAGGGCAGAUGGGCAUCAUUAGUGACGGCUUCUGUUUUCCAUUUCUUCUCUUCACUCCUCCCCCCAUCUUUUCUCUUUUCUUUAUCCUUUGAUUCUGCUACUUCUUUAAUGUUUCCAUGCUUCAGAUCUUGAAAUCUGAAGGGCACUUUCAAAAAAUUGUGUAUUAAGUGCUUUAGGUGCUGGAAAAGCUUUUUACAGAAGAAAGAUUACUUUUUAAAAAAAGAAAGAGCCCCAUGUAUUUUUUGAAUAAGAAAUAAAGAUCGUAGUAUUUUUAUGUUAAAACACAAUUUUAGAAACUUAAAAUAUCUAACAUAUGUGGAUUGUAUUGUAUUCCAUCAUUUAAAAGAACAAUUCAAAUGAAUCCCUAUUUAAAGAUGCAGUAUCUUUUUAAUCUUCAUGAAAGGCAGUUUUGCCUAUACUUCUUUUAAAAAGAUUGUUUAAAUUAAUCAUGCAAAUAGUAAAAUAUUCCAUGGCAUAAAUUCAUUAUCCGAUGUUGCUACUUGACAGAAUAUUAAAACAUAAUUUCAGAAUUAUAAACUUCAAAACUUACUUUGAAUUAAUUUUUUCUUAAAAAUCAUGACUUUUUAAAGGAAAAAAUAUUACCAUUGGUGUACCAUGAUUCUGCUUUCAAAUAUAGACAUACUUGAAGUUAUGAAAGAAUUAAUCUUAACAUUUCACUCUAUAUGAAAUACUAUUUACAAAUUAUGUAGAGAUGUUUGAUAGACAGAACCGAUUUCAUCAUUUUUAUUUUUCAAAUAGUAUUUCACCCCAAGAUAUUAGACUUGAGUGCACUCAAAGAAAUUCACUUCUAAGUAGACAUGCAUAAUAUUACUGCUUAAGACAAUACUUUAAAUCUGGCUUCAAAUCAACAAUAACUGGGUAGUGAGGCAUAUUAAUAGAAUAAAUAAACUACAGAUAGUCCUCGAAUUACAAUCACAGUUGGGACUAGAAUCUCCAUUGUGAAGCAAGAUGAUUAAGUAGGUUGCGCCCAAUAAUAUAACAUUUUGCCACAGUUAAGUGAAAUAUUGUAGUUGUUAAGUGAAUCACAUGGCCAUUAAAAGCAUCUAUCUUUCCCCAUUGACUUUGCUUGUUAGGAGACAGCUGAGAAGGUUGCAAAUGGUAAUCACAUGACCCCAGGAUACUGCAACCCUACAUGCCAGUUGCCGAAGUGGGGGUGCUAUGAUAGUUGUAAGUGCACGGACUGGUUGUAAGUUACUUUUUUCAGUGCUGUUGUAACUUUGAAUGGUUGCUGAAUGAAUGGUUGUAAGUAGAGGACUACCUGUAUUGUAAUAUUAAAAUGAUAAAAUAUUAUUCCAUAACCAAUUCUGGAAUAAAAUUCUGGAUAUUCUAUUUGAAUUUAGACUUAAUUGAGAUACAUGUGAACUAAUGGGAUACUACAUCUUUAAUAUGGUAAAAAGGGUUCCUGUAUGGGGAAUCAAAAUGCCUAAUAUUCCUAGGAUUCCACAAAGAUUUUUUCUUAAUAUAAGAGAUUGCAUUUUUAUUUUUUAUUUUAAAACAAAACUAUAAUCUUGGUCCCAGGUGAUGUGCACUUUU